AGGGCUUCCCCAGGCAUCACCGGCUCCAGCCCCCCCUACAGCCAUGUGUCCCGCAGCGCCGGGCCGGACCCUUCCGGGGGAGGAGCGCCGGAUCUGAGGAGGAGGAGAAGGAAGAGGAGGAGAAAGAGGGAGAGGAGGGAGAAGCAGACGGGGCGCUCUUGUUUGCCCGUGGCCGUCGAACGAGGCCCAGCAGCUGCGUGGCGCAGCCCGGGGGGCGCAGGGCGGCCCCGGCCCCUCGCAGCGCUCCGGGAGUCGGGUCACCUGGCAUGCAGUCGCCUUUUGUCAUACUGGGACCUGAACUCUGACACGAUGGCCGAGCCCCUUCACGCGAAGUACAGCGGUAAUAAAGUUGCAGGAAGUUCCAUGGAAGGCACAACCAGUAGAAGAAAGUUGCCACAGGCAGCUGGAACUGAUAAAGGAAAUACUGUGUCGCAUUCUGAUCUGAUUGAGGAGCCAAAGAAGUUGCAAUAUUCCUAUGAGAACGCUUUCUCUAUUGGCUAUGAUAGGAGUCUCUUUAAUUCGCUAGCAUCACCUCCUCAAACGAAAACUUGCCAUCGUUGUGGUCUGUUUGGAUCCCUCAGAUGUUCGCGAUGUAGGCAAAUAAACUAUUGCUCUGUAGAUUGUCAGAAGGAAGAUUGGCCAUCCCAUAGAGUUGUGUGUGAGCCAGUUAAACAGAAUUCAAGUAAUAACAAUGGAGGCAAGAUACCUGCUAAAACAGAGACAGGACUUUACCUUAAGGGUAAUUCAACGUCUGUGGAUUCCCUCAAGACAGAAGAGCAGUGCAAGAAAAUAAUGUUGUCAGAUCUCCAGAGUCUAGGUCUCAAAAAAGCUAUGGAAGUACAGGGUACAGUAACAGAAUUCAGGAGUCCAAGUGAAUUUUAUAUGCAGAUGAGUUCUCCAGAAGUUUUAGACCAGAUCAGUAAACUUUCUGUGAAACUGCAAGACUGUUAUGCUAACACAGUUAUUCAGGAGCAUUAUGUUGCUAUCAAAGGAGAGGUCUGUGUUGCAAGGAAUUCUUUGGAUCAGAUGUGGAGUAGAGCACUGGUUAAAGAUGUGGAUACAUCACAAAAGAAAGCACAAGUGUUGUAUAUAGAUUAUGGAAAGGAAGAAAAUAUUCCACUUUCCUGGAUUAAAGCUCUAUGCAAAGACAUUGAACUGCUUCCUCCAUGUGCAAUUAAGUGUUCCUUUGCUAAUUAUGAACCAAAACAAAGAGGAUGGAAUGAAGGCGACGACAUCUUUUCUUCCCAGCUCGUGGGAAAGACCUGUUCAGUAAUUGUUGUUGACAUAUUACAGGAGGAAAUGAUGUCAAGAUUUGCUGUAGAUGUUGUUCGUCCAAAUUUUUAUAAACUGCCUUUAGAAAUGGGGUCUGAUUUAACUCCAGGAAGUAGUACCGAAGGAACAGACUCUCCAAAAGUGUCGGAAAACCAUUCUCUAGAAUGUAAAGAAAAAACACCUGAAGAUAAAGAUCCGCUUUGCUACGGAAAAUCAGUAGCAGAGUAUGUCUCUGUGUGUAUUGGAGACACAUUCUCUGGUGUGGUUUCCCAUAUUCAAAAUCCAGACGACUUCUUCUGUCAGCAGAUGCGCAAUGGCUGUCAUCUUGCUGAGCUUCAGUUGUGUCUUGAAGAACACUGUAACAAACUUCCGAGCAAUCCAGAUUUCCGUCCUGCUUUAGGAGAUUUGUGCUGUGCCCAGUUCACAGAAGACAAUAUUUGGUAUCGUGCUGCUGUUAUAACGUAUACUUCUGAAGAUACUGUUCUGGUGGGAUACAUAGAUUAUGGGAAUUCUGAAGUUCUUCAGACAACCAGACUUCGUCCUAUGACUCCAAAAUUAAUGAACUUGCCAGCUCAAGCCAUAAGAUGUACCUUGGCAGGUGUAAAGCCACUAACGGGAGCCUGGUCCUCAGAAGCUAUUUCUCUUAUGAAGCAAUUAGUGAAAGACAAAGUGCUGACAGUGAAAGUAGUGGAUAAAGAGAGUUACAGGUCUGUGGUGGAGCUUGUGGAUGCAUCCGUUAUUCCGGAAAUCAAUAUAUCGAGCUAUCUCCUACAGAAAAACUGUGCAGCGAAGAAAUCAAGGGUGGCCUUGCCAGCAACUGAAAUAAGCAAUGUUAAGCAAGCAAAUGAGGACACAGCAAACAAAAUAAAGUGGAGAUGGAAUAAAUUAACUCUUCAACAAACAGUAGAUGUGAUAGUGUGUACACUGUACAACCCUGGAGAAUUCUACUGUCAGAUUUCAAAUAACAGUGAGUUACGUGCUCUAAACUUACUUAAUAAAUCAUUGUCUGAAUACUGCUGGAAAACUCCUCCAAGUAUUUUUAAGCCGAAGAGUGGAGAACCUUGCUGUGCUUUAUUUUCUGGUGAUGGUAACUGGUAUCGUGCUUUGGUGCAAAAUGUUACUUCAGAUGGAAUUGUUAAAGUAUGCUUUAUGGACUACGGAAAUGUUGAGGAAGUACCAUUAGAUAAAAUACGUCAGAUUCCAUCCUCGUUCCUACAGCUGCCAUUUCAAGGAAUUAAAUGCUGGCUUUCAGGUAUAAAGCCUGCUAACGGCAAAUGGAUUCCAGAAGCAACAGAAAGAUUUCACGCAUUCUCUGCAGGGAUGAAGCUUCAAGCCAAAGUAACUUCCCUUUCCAGAGACGGGGCAGGUGUAGAGCUUAUUAAUAAUUCCACAGGUUAUCCAAAAGUGAUCAAUGAGAUACUAACUUCUGAAAAAUUGGCUGUAAGGGAAGAUCUACAAGACAAAAGUAAUCUUCCAAAUAAGUCUGACAAUAAAGAAACCUCAGUUGGGCGCUGGAAGCCAAUAGAAUUGGCUAUGGAUGAAACCAUACCUGUCUGUGUAACAGAAGUUGUAAGCCCAGAUUUGUUCUAUGCUAUUCCUGUUCAAAGUAAAGAUCACGACAAACUACUUAAGCAGAUGAUUGAACUAGAUGACUACUGCAAAUCUUGUAAGAUGCAGUCAUUCACACCAAAACUGGGCGAAGCCUGUUGUGCCAGGUUUUCGGGUAAUGGGCGUUGGUACAGAGCUCUUGUUCUAAAAGUUUCUCAGUCCACAGUGAAAGUACUGUAUGCAGACUGUGGGAACACAGAGACUUUACCGGUUUCACAUGUCCUGCCAAUCACCGAUUCCUACUUAAAGUUUCCUUUUCAAACAAUUACAUGUUCACUUGCAGGCAUAAAGAAAGCUGAGUGCUCUCCAUUGUUACUUGACAAGUUGAAAGAAAUGUUGUUGAAUAAAUACGUCACAAUUACAGUGAAGGGAAUUAAUGAAAAUGUGAACUUGGUAAAAGUGGAGAAACAGUGUGAAAAUGGUAGUCUGAAUAUAGUUGACAAACUAGUAGCAGAAGGUUUAAUCUGCAAAGCUGAGAACUCAGAUAUUGUGCAUCAAGGCAAUGGAAGUGAGACCAGAUGUUGCUGCACAGAAUUAAAAAUGCAACUUAAAAAACAUGAACAGAUUCUUCUCUUCCUUCUAAACAAAUAUGGGAAUCCAGAUGGGUUCAGUGAAAUGAAAAAACUGUUGGACUGCUAAGUCCAACGCGCUGUUUCAUUUGUAUGUAUACCAGGUUCCUGCAAUUCCUUUUUUUGGAAGAGCAAUUGUAUUCAUCGUACUAAAAAUGAGAGUCACUUAGAAGAAAUUCUGCUGCCUAAAUAACUGUAUCAAUUUGUAUGCUUGGACUGUUAUUAGGAAAUAAGUAUGUAACUUGAAUGUUUUAAAAUCUGCAAGCUAAAUUUUUCUGUUCUUUUUUUUUUUUGGUACCAGUGUUGGUAAGCUUUUUUUUUUUUUUUACUUGGCUAUUGAACGUGCAUAACUUUAUGGAGUGGUCAUUGCACUUUGAAUAUAUUAUGAAAAAUUAGAUUUGGAUUUAAUGUAAUCUAAAGCUUGCUUCAACUUUGGUACUGUUAAUUUUACUUUCUUUUACCUCCCUUACUUUAAUUUGCUGCCUUAUGUUGAUUACAGUCUUCUGUCAACGUAAUUUCCUGUCUGUGAAGUUAGACUGAAAAUUUUCUCAUAAAUUCGUUUUCAGUAUUGUUAAAGGACGAAUCUUGUGAAUCCUGCCUUAGGCUGCAUGUAGGUAGUUCUCUAAUCAGUAAACGCUUAAGUGUGCACAAGUCUUUGUUUACACUUAUGCUGUGUAAUUUGCACCUGUGAAUAUUUUGGAGUUGUACGAGAUCUUUAUUCUGUCUCUUACAGGUAGCUGCAUUGUCAAGAUUUCAACCCUGUCAUUUUUUUUCCACACUAAUAGAGAAGUCCUUUUCUGGGAUGUGAUAGCCCACUUGUAAUUUGAUUCAGGAAUUCUUAAAUGUAGUAUUGUCAUUGCUGACUGAUCUUGCGGUAUGUUACUAAGGUUGCGAAAUCAUUUUAAAGCACAUUUAUAAAGCACAGUAGAUACUUGCUUAUUAAAACUGCAGGGAUACAUUUUUUUCUCUUGAUGUAAAUGUGUUAAACUCUGCCUCUGUUCAAAGUAGAAGGAUGUUGAUAUUAAAUUUCUUUGUGAAAGUAA